AUGUGGCCAGCGGCACGCGUAGAGGCAGAAGCUCCACCAUCGCCGGCAACAGCUACUUCUCCUUCCCGUUUUUUUGUUCUCCCGCCUCGGACGACUUCUUAUCAGCUAGCGGCGGUGGCGGCGCGGGAGCAGGAGUGCGUCGAUUCUCCCCGCCCAGUGUCCCCUGGCUCCUUUAUAAAGGACGGGCGCGAGAUUCAAGUUGGCGAUUGUGCUCUUUUCGGGGCUGUUGAUGUUCCUCCAUUCAUUGGAUUGAUACGUUGGAUUGAGAAAAAGGAAGAAGGCUAUCCCAAACUACGCGUUAGUUGGCUUUAUAGACCUGCCGACAUUAAGCUUAACAAGGGCAUUCAACUGAACGCCGCACCAAACGAGCUCUUCUACUCUUUCCACCAGGACGAGGCAUCUGCUGUUUCCCUGCUGCACCCUUGCAAAGUUGCCUUUUUACGUAAAGGUGUUGAGCUCCCGGUUGGAAUUUCUUCAUUUGUAUGUUGGCGUGUAUACGAUAUUGACAACAAGUGUUUAUGGUGGCUUACCGACCGAGAUUAUAUUAAUGAACGGCAGGAAGAAGUAAAUCGGCUUCUAUACAGAACAAGGUUAGAAAUGCAUGCUGCAGUGCAGUCAGGUGGACGGUCUCCAAAGCGGCUAAAUGGUUCAUCAGCAUCCCAGCAACUGAAGGCUUCUACAGAUGGUACACAGAAUUGUGGUUUAUCCAAGGGAAAGAAGAGGGGGAGAGGUGAGCAAGGAAUUGAUCCAGCUAAGCGGGAUCGAGAUCGUCUGCAUGUUGAUGACAGUGAGCCUGGAAGCAAGUUGGACGGUAUAAAGUCUGAAAUAGCAAAGGUUGAAAAAGGUGGACUUCCAAACACAGAAGCAGUUGAAAAGCUUGUGCAUCUUAUGCAACUUUAUCAGACUGAGCAGAGGGUAGACCUUGCUGGUCGGGUUAUGCUUGCUGAUGUUAUUGCAGCUACAGAGAGCCCUGAUUGUCUUGGCAGAUUUGUGCAAUCAAGGGGCCUUCCCGUGUUGGAUAGUUGGCUUCAAGAGGCUCACAAAGGGAAGUCUGGUGACGGUAGUUCUAAAGAAGCAGAUAAGCCUAUUGAUGACCUUCUCUUGGCGCUACUUCGUGCACUAGCUAAAUUGCCUAUUAAUCUCAGUGCACUGCAAAGUUGUAACAUUGGAAAAUCUGUCAAUCAUCUCCGCAGCCACAAAAAUUUGGAGAUACAGAAGAAAGCUAAGUGUCUUGUUGAGAACUGGAAGAAACGUGUUGAUGCUGAAAUGAAGUCGAAUGAUUUGAAACCUUUAACUGGCCAAUCUGCUUCCUGGCCUGGAAAAGCAGGUUUCCAAGAAAUUUCAAAUACUGGAAGCAAACGAGGUGGCUCAAGUGAGCACAGCCCAAAGAAUCCAGCAUCCACUGUUUCAUCACCAAAGGUUUUGACUGAUAAACCUGGGGGCUCAGAUGCUGUUGCAAAGUUGAAUCAUGUACCUUAUGUCGCUUCAAAAGUACAACAUAUGCAACCAGGAAAUGUUGCCGCCAACUUGAAGGACCAGCCCUGCAAAUCAACUGGUGGUUCUGAGCUGCCUACUGUGAAAGAGGAGAAAAGUAGCAACUCGAGCCAGUCACCGAACAAUAGCCAUUCAUGCUCUAGUGAGCCAUCGAAGGAUGCGAGAAGUUCAACUGCUGUUUCUGGUGGUGCUAGUAAAACUUCUGGAAGUGCUUCACGGGGCCAUCGAAAGGCAACCAAUGGGCUUGUUUCAGGGAACCUGAAGGAAGCUUCUGUGGGAAGAUGUGUCUCCCUUGAUCGAUCUUUGCUGCCAGAUAAAUCAUCUCCAACUGGAUCAGCUUCUGAAAAAGGAGUUGACAUGCCAUCUGACCAUGGAAAUAAUCAUAGAUUGAUUGUUCGGUUUCCAAAUCCUGGCCGUAGUCCUGCUAGAAGUACAAGUGGAGGAUCUCUUGAGGACCCAUCUGUUACUGGUGGUAGAGCUUCAUCUCCUGUGGUUGCAGAUAGACAUGAACAGACUGAUCGCAGAGUGAAAAUGAAAACUGAAAAUUCUCAGCCUCAUUUAACUUCUGAUGUUAAUGCAGAGUCAUGGCACAGCAAUGAGAUUAAAGGAACUGCUGGUUCGGAGGAAGGUGACAAAUCACCAUGUGCUAUGUUAGAUGAUGACAACAGCAGGACACCUGAUGAUUCUGUUAAGGAUACACAUGCAUCACGAGUUGUAUGGUCAGCCUCAUCAUAUAUGAAUGAAAAAGGCGUCUGUUCAAGUGAAACCAAGGUGGGAAACUCAUUCAGCCCAAUGAAUGCUCUGAUUGAAAUCAAGUACUCUGAAGCUAGUCAUUCCUUGCAUGCUGAAGACGACACAGCAAUGGAUCUUCUUGCUAGUGUGGCAGGAGAAAUAUCAAAAUCUGAAUUGGUUUCCCCAUCUUCUUCACCCAGAAAUUCAUCUGCAAAGAAAUUGGGCUGUGAGGGUGACAAUGCUGGGAAGGUUAAAGUAGAAAGUGAUGUGAGCCCAUCACAGGAUCCAGGGCCAGCAGAUGCUAAGAAAGUUGUCGGUGGGAAGGAAGUGAAAAGUGAUUCUUGUUUGGCUGCAAAGGAGGAACAACGCCAAACUGUGCCAUCUCCUGAGCUAGCAGAUUCAAAAGCAGUUGGAUCUUCAGUCAAAAUUGAAAUCCAUGAAGGCGUGCAAACAAAUGCAACUCUCAACCUGAUUUGGUUGAUUCCAAAGGUGAAAAUCGGGAUGCAUGUAGACAUGGGAAAGUUGAAGAUGGCUGUACAGACAAGGGUGGUGCUGUGGAUUCUACAUUGGGCAGGUUUGUUGAAGUCAUCAACUAAUCAUAAGCAGCCUCUGGGUGUAUCAGGCCACUCAGGAGCCUUUGAUAGCCGUGACAGUAUGGCUGGCAAAUUAGAUUUGAUGGCUGCAGAGGUGAAAAAAGCUGAUGCUGUGAGCGAUAGUAGCAUACUGUGGAAUGAGGAGGAAAAGAAGGAAAAUGCUUCUUUCCCUUCGGCUGAUGUUCCAAAACUAGUUGUAGCUGCAGCGUCCCCAGCAAAUGGGAUUGAAUCAAAAGACACUUCAAGUGAAUCCAAUAGUCAUGUAAAAUCUGAAGGUGUCCAUUCUCAGCAAAGUGAGCAUAGUGCAAAGCAGAGCUCAAAAAAAUCCAGUGAUGGUGUGAGUGGAAAGGAGGAUGGAAAAGAUGACCUUGUCUCAUCAGAUGAAGGUUCUUCUCUAGCUGCCCACACCAAGUCAAAUGCUACAGCAAAGCUUGACUUCGACUUGAAUGAAGGAAUACCUGGGGAUGAUGGGCAUCAGUCUGAACCAACUAUCUCACCUGUUAUAUGUUCCUCAACGGUCCAUUUAACUAGGCUUUUGCCAUUUGCUUCGCCUAUUACAUGUGGGCUGCAGUCAGCUCCAAUAACAGUAGCUGCUCCAGCUAAAGGACCCUUUGUUCCUCCUGAGAACCUACUAAGAGCAAAGCCUGAGAUCGGGUGGAAAGGUUCAGCUGCUACGAGUGCAUUCCGCCCAGCUGAACCGAGGAAGAUUUUGGAGAUGCCUGGCACCACACGUGAAAUUCCAGGAUCUCAUACUGCUGGGAAGCAGUCUCGCCCCACACUUGGUUUUGAUUUGAAUGUUGCAGGUGACCAAGCUCUCCAGGAAGAUAUCCCAGAGAGUUCUGCACAGACUACCUGCUCUGAAUCUGGAAAUACGAAAAGUCGAGAUUGCUCAUCACGAAGCGCUGGCAUUGAGUUUGAUCUGAACAGAGCUGAUGAAGUUGCAGAUAAUGGCCAAUUUGUGUCAAAUGCUUCACACCCAGUUGAACUCCCAUUGUCGUCAACAAGGUCGUUACCUGGAAUUGUCUCUAAUGCUGGUAUGAAUAUCUCGAGGGACUUUGACCUUAAUAGUGGACCAGGCCUUGAUGAUGCUGUCACUGAACCUGUGCCAAAGAACCUACCUGCUAAAAAUACAAGCAGUAUUCAAUUCCUACAAGUUCCUGGUUUAAGGAUGAAUAAUGUUGCCAUGAGUAAUAUAUCACCAUGGCUUGCCUCUGCUAACCCUUGUGGUCCAGUAGCUAUACAAUCGUUUUUGCCUUCUAGAGGAGAACAGCUGUACCAAAUUGAGGCUGCAUCUGGAGCCCAGAGGAUUAUCGCGUCUACCACUGACAGUGGCCAAUUUGGAGGUGAUCCCUGCAGGGCUCCAGUUAUUUCAACGUCUCCAGCGAUGGUUUUUCAUCCGCCUGCAUAUCAAUAUGCAGGAUUCCCUUCUUUUCCUCCAAGUGUCCACCUUCAAGCACCUGCAUUUUCAGUUGGAUCAGCAACAUUUGCUAAUUCUGCAUCUGCAGUUCCAUAUUUUCAAACUCUCUCUCCCUCUCUUGUUGGGCCAGCAGGAUCAUUACCUGCCCAGCAUUCAAGGCAGUAUGCUAUAAAUCUUGCUGAGGGUAGCAGCAGCAGUGGACGUGACAGUAGUCGUAAAUGGGAAAGUCAGGGCCUUGAUCUUAACUCAGGCCCUGGAAGUAUAGAUUUAGAAGGAAAGGAUGCACGGGCACCUUUACCAGUCAGACAAAAUUUGAUCACACCCCCACAUGGCUUUGCAGAAGAUCAAGGAAGAAUUUACCAAAUGCCAGUUGUAGGAACAAAGAGAAAGGAACAUGAUGGCAGUUGGGACACAGAAAGGUCUACAUAUAAGCAAUUAUCUUGGCAAUGA